AAGAGCAAAGUCAUAAACGUCCUCAUGACGGAUGUGAUGCGAGCUUUGACAAUCGCGAUGAAUAUAGAAAACGCAAGAAAACGCCCGACCAACCAUUUAUUUGCAAACGCAAACGACCCGAUUGUGGGCCAACGUCAUCGUUUCCUUCUCGCAAUGAAACACGCCAACCUAAAUUUCAAUGCGAAAACUGCAAGGAAUUUUUCUGCCGCAAGGACUACUUGAAAAUACACAUGAAGCGAUGCUUAAUAACUUCUCGUUAG